UCUCUGAGGUUGGAGAUGGCGGCGGCCGAGGAAACUUCGCCGCAGCCGGCGACUUCAGAGCAGCCGGCGGAGCUGCCUGCCUCCGUGCGGGCGAGCAUCGAGCGGAAGCGGCAGCGGGCGCUGAUGCUGCGCCAGGCCCGGCUGGCGGCCCGGCCCUACCCGGCGACGGCGGUUGCGGCUACCGGAGGCAUGACCAAUAUAAAAGCAGCCCCAAAGAUAAUUGAUACACAUGGAGGCUUCAUUCUGGAAGAGGAAGGAGAAGAAGAACAUACAGUUGGAAAAGUUGUUCAUCAACCAGGACCUGUUAUGGAAUUUGAUUAUGCAAUAUGUGAAGAAUGUAGUAGAGAAUUUAUGGAUUCUUAUCUUAUGAGCCACUUUGAUUUGCCAACUUGUGAUAACUGCAGAGAUGCUGAUGAUAAACACAAACUUAUAACUAAAACAGAAGCAAAACAAGAAUACCUUCUGAAAGACUGUGAUUUAGAAAAAAGAGAACCACCUCUUAAAUUUAUUGUGAAGAAGAAUCCUCGUCAUUCACAAUGGGGUGAUAUGAAACUCUACUUAAAAUUACAGAUUGUGAAGAGGGCUCUUGAAGUUUGGGGUAGUCAGGAAGCAUUAGAAGAAGCGAAGGAAGUUCGACAGAAAAACCGAGAGAAAAUGAAACAGAAGAAGUUUGAUAAAAAAGUAAAAGAAUUACGGCGAGCAGUAAGAAGCAGUGUAUGGAAAAGGGAAGUGGUUGCUCACCAACAUGAGUAUGGACCAGAAGAAAACCUAGAAGAUGACAUGUACCGGAAGAUUUGUACCAUAUGUGGCCAUGAAUUGACCUCAAUAAAAAUUGAUUCUGAACGGGCAGAAGACCUUCCUAGGACAAAAAAAAAAAAAAGCUUCCAGCUUGAUGAUAACUAGGAGUUCAGGCUGCUGACAACUACAUUACUGCGUUGGGAGAUAAGGAGCCCUUGAGCCACAAGGAUUUAGGUUCAGAUUUCACUUACUAGCUGUGGACCUUGGGUAAGUUACUCCAUGGGCUGUUUUUAUCUGGGCAUAAUAACACAUCUCUUAAACUUAUAAGGAUUGAAUAUGGUGAAUCUGUAGAACGUGGAACAUAACAGCCACUCGUUAAUGAGCACAUAUUGUCAUCAAGACCAAUAGUUUUAGAUUUGUCUAGCUGAGAUCUAAUUCUAGUCACUGUUUGCAUUCAUCAUUUUAAGACAAUCCUGGUAUCCAGAUACUAAUGACAGCCAGGUCUGCUCUGGUUAGGUUGGCAAGUUCACUUAAAAAAUACUUUUCUAGUAAAAGCAAACAAACUUAUCUUCAUAGGAACUGCUUCCUGAGUAAUUCCUGGGAAAUUUAGAAUCAGGGAAAACAAAAGUAUAUGUUCACUUUGACAAAAGAUGGUAAAUGGCAUCUGAGUAGACUAUAUUUUAUAGUCACUAAAUGUAUGGUAAACCAAAGAGAUAUGUUAAUAAGAAUGCUUAAUGCAUUAUAAACUUAUGAUUCUAUGUUGCACAAAUGCUCAAAAAUACUACCAUUUGUGUGGUUGGUUUUUUAAAUAGAUUUCAGAGGGGGAGUGAGAGAGAUUGAAACAUCAAUGAUGAGAGUCAUUGAUCAGCUGCCUCCUGCAUGCCCCCUACUGGGGGUUGAACCCGCAACCUGGGACCCUUCAGUCCCCGGCCAACGCUCUAUCUACUGAGCCAAACCAGCUAGGGCCAGUUGUGGGGUUUUAUUGGUAAAUUUUUUCUAAAGUUUAAAGUCUAAAAAUGCUAGAAAUAUGAAAUGUUAGAUAAUACCUUAAACUUGUAUGUUAUUUUACAGUGCAGUCUCAUUAUCCUAGUUAAGUAUCAACACCAUAUAGUAAACAGGCUCAGAAAUUAGUAUUACUUGGUCCAGGUUCUAUAGAAACAAAAUCCCAAGUAUAGAGUUUUAGCCAAUUUAGCUACUUCUGGAGGAAAUGACCAGGGCCUUUAAGAUAAUGGCUCCCAAACUUGUCUGCACAUUGGAAUCACACAGAAGCCUUAAAAACUAUAGAUGGUAUGUGUUGCAACCCCCCCCCCCCAACUGUGAUUAAUUUAAAAAAAUAACUGAAGGUUGCCAGGUGAUUUAUGUUCAGAAAGAUUUAGAAACUGCUACUGUAAAUAACACUUUUUAAAUACAACUCACUAAUUUUAAAAUAGACUGAGAUGAUAAAUCAUGAAAUACCAAAAUGUAAAAAA